UUGCCUUGGAAACGCGCCUCAGGACAGAGGAGUUGGGGCACGGUUGCCCAGCAACAGGUGGUGCCCUCCCUUCCGCCCGCAUCCGAGGGCCUGCUCUGCGCCCUCCCUCAGGCAGGGAAGAGCCGCUCUGAGGGGCGAGGGGAGCCCAAGGCCAGAGACUGAGUGUUGGCUGGGCCCUGGCUGCCUCUCCGCCUCUGGACUGUCUUCCCCUCCUGACCUGGCCCUCCAGAUGCCUUGGACUCCGGAGCAGCCCUCGGGGCACAUGGAAGAGCCCCCUGCAUCCGAGUCGGCCUCGUGGCCCCCGCUGCCCUGCGGGCCUUGCAUCCCCAUCAUGCUGGCCCUGGCCUUGCUGGCCGCCCUCUUCCUCCUCACCACGGCUGUGCUGGCCGAGCGCCUGUUCCGCCGCUCUCUGCGACCAGACCCCAGCCACCACCCACCCACCCUGGUCUGGCGCCCCGGAGGAGAGCUGUGGAUUGAGCCCACAGGCACCCCCCGGGAGCGCUCCGAGGACUGGUACGGCUCCGGCUCCGAGGUACCCCUGCUGAUGGGCCAAGCCCCCGAUCCUCCUAUCCCCGGGGGCACCUUGGAGGCCCGAGCAACAGCCCCACCUGCCCCUCCAACUCCACACUCCCCUCCCAACUUCUUUGUUCCCCAGAUCCCACCCAAGGCCCCAACCCCAAGUACCUUCUGGGGGCCCCAGGCCUGGGAAGGGAGGCCCCAUGCCCCAGGCCUGGUGAGCUGGGCUGAGCCUGAACAGAGGCCAGAGCCCAGCAUGAAUUUGGGGAGCCCCCAGGCCCGAAGGCAGCGGCCAGGCAGCCCUGAUCCUGAGUGGGGCCUCCAGCCUCGGGUCACUCUGGAACAGAUCUCGGCUUUCUGGAGGCGUGAAAGCCGCACCAGCGUGGGUUUCUGAAUCCCCGGAGCCUGGAGGACUGGCCUCCCAGAGACCUCUGAGCAAGGCCCGAGCUCAGAGGCUCCAGCCUGGGAACCCAGCUGACAUCUGAGGCCAGGGAAGAAGGCCAGGCUUUUUACGUCCGGAUUUCAGUUCAGCUGGGUCUGCGUCUGGGCAGGCUGGGUGUGGACAGAGCCUGAGCUGCCGGGGAGCUCAAGGUGCUUCUGCUUAGGGCCUGGAGGGGGCGCUCAGUGCAGAGUGCGGGUGGGGUGGACUCUGGGCCAGAGCCGCCAAGGUCACCUUCCUGAUUAAGAAUUCAAGGUACAAGACAGGCCCGAGAGAGCAUCGCCGCAGUGGCUUCACCUUCCCGCACGUGUCUAAUGCCGGGGUCAGAGGGCAGGGUCCGGUGGACGCUGAAGCAGACGGUCAGCUGUGCGCGCAGGAGAUUCGGGAAUCCAGCUUCCAGAGCCACAAACCAUCCCUCCAGGAAAGCACACAGAGAGAGGUCAAGACCGGGCAAAGGAGCAUCUUAGGAAACAUGAACCGAGACUUUGACCCCAGCUCAGAGCAAACUAGGGGAGUCCAGCUGGAGAGGCCCUCUCCGGCCUUCACUGCGACCUAGUCAGUAAACCAGGGGGCUCCUCUGCCCGUCUCUGAAGGCUGGCACCCCAGCCUGCGAGUCUUACCCCUCCAUCGUAAGGGAGGCCUGGGCCAAGGACAUCUGAGGUUGAACCAACAUGGAAAACCGUCCCAGGGCAGGGCAGCUCCCCAAAUGCAGCCUCUGGCCAUCUCUCCCUCCCGCCUCCUCCCCGCCCCGCCGCCCCAAGCUUGCUGGAGUGUUCCAGAGAGACAGGUCCCCCCCAGGCAGGCUUACUUAUAACGCUCCAGCUCCACCCGGAGGAAUGGAGCCCCGCACCGUCCUUGGCCCUGUAGCCAUCGUAUCAGCUGACCUCUUCGGGAGCAGAGCCAGGGCCGGGGAGAGGCCAAGGAGUUUUCACUCCAAACUGCAGUCAUGGCUGUUAGGAUUCCUGCCAUAUCAGUUUACCAACUGUACUACUAUUCACUUUAUGUUUUCUUUGAAUUGGUUUACUGUUUGCUUAAUAAAUUUAUUUUAAAAGGAAUACUUCUUGUAUCACCUCUGUAAAUGGAAAACCAGUAUCAUUUGCCAUAAAUAGAAGGUCAAAUAAAUACACUGUAAACAAA